AUGGGCCGCCUCCAGACGGACGAUCGCGUCUCUUCCCACUCGCUUCAUUCCCUCGAAGACGACCUGCCACCCCCUUACACUGACGAAGACAUUCCUCCCGUUCUGACAUCUGCCCCCGGGGUCGCCCCUUUACCCCUCAAUCUUCGUCUCGUGGACUCAGCCUACAUUCUUCCCGACUCCGGUCUCAAAGGCGACAAUAAGCGGACGGUCUCCCUCGCGCCGUCCCUCUCGGUGAACAGCGAUGAGCUCUUCUACACCAUCUGCAGGCAGAUGAAGCUGCCCCCGCGACCACUCCUAUAUAUUCGUGGCUCACACACCGAACAGACCAAUGAUGGAAAGAAAAAGGGCAAUAACAGCGUUACCGACUUCGAAUUCAAGCUCGAUCUAGCGGAGACCAUGCUAACAGGAUGGGAGGGCGAACGGGUAAUGAGCAUUAAUUGGGUGGAAGAGGAAGUGCGCAGCGACGGGGACUGUCUACCUGCCUACCGCGGGGGAAGAGUCAAGUCGCGAUCGUAUAAGGCGCCUUCAUCCCGCGUUCCUCGUUCCGGGGACACCGAUGCCCUUCUCGCUUCGGAAGAAACCCUCGGCAUUGAUGAUGCAAAUGGCCAGCCAACUACGGCUAAUCAGGUUAAUUUGAAGCUGUGGUGCGAGCGGUUCUGCAACGACCCAUCCUCGGUCAAAUCGUUCACCCUCCAGCGCAAAAUCAGAGGCUUCGAUUGGAAGGCCAUGCGCAAUGUCCUCGACUCACACAUCCGCUCUCUCAAUUAUCGCGGCUCAAUCAACUUCAACUACGACGUCGCCGAGCAAUCGGUCACCAUCUAUUCUCCGCACUGGAUCAACCGCAUGCGCGCAAACCGCUACAUCUGGUGGAUAUUCGUCAUCCUCCAGCUCUGGAUCAUUACGUGGCCUAUCAUCUGGUUCCUGGAGAAACGGUAUGAAACAGUACACACAUGCUGGCAUGCUUCUUUCGACUGUGGUGCCGAUUCUGGUCUGGUCAAAGCCUACGCUCGUGGACGGGACGAGGUCACCCUGGGAGAGUUCUGGGCUCCGGCUGUCAAACGAAUGGCGUGGAGUCGGAGACGUGGACAGGCCGAUACUCUGACAAGAAUGGAUGCGGAACGCGUCCAGGGGUUGACUACGGAACAGCUCCUUGGUCUCCAGGAUCGGGGUGGCUCCGAGGCCGAACGGGAGCGGCGUGAGCGAGUCAACAGAGGUGAUGGUGGAUUUGUUGACCAUGUGGUGGGUCUUGUUCGGGGAAUUGGAGAAGCCAGACAAGAUUGGAGAUUGGAGAUGGGAUGGGGAGCCAAUUCUUAA